UGAAGUCCUCAUUUAGCUAUCAAGAUCAUAUUCUUAUUCCAGUAAUGCUUCCUCUUCACAGCUUUCCUAACAAAAAGCAAAGCAACAAGCAAAAAGGAGGAAGGGAUGAUAGUAGCUCGGAGAAAUCAGCUGAAAGAGCCAAACUGCUGAUCUGAAUUUUAGUGGUUGGGAAAUUACCUGAAGAGCUAUGAAGGCCUGGCUGCUCCUGGUUGCUGCUUUUCUUCUCUGGCCAGGCUGCUCUUCUCAAAAGGCAUGUGAAGAACCAGAUGAAAUUGACUUUGGGGAAAUUGUGAGCGCUGAGAAAGCCAAAUAUCUGGAAAAUGACCGAGUGCAAUACAGGUGCAACCCUUCCUAUGUCUUGGAGGGACCUGAAUGGAUUCAGUGUAAGGGACAAGAAUGGACACCUCAUCCACCAAAAUGCUUGGCACCCUGCAGUAUCACAAGACAACAGCUAGCAGCAAAAAACUUGUUUCUGUUUGGGAAUCAAAGAAAAGCUCGCCUUAUUCAAAGUGAUCAUAGCCUGCAGUUUCAGUGCAAUGAAGGAUAUGUCCUUGUGGUUCCAUCAGUCAGAAAGUGUGUUGACGGUUACAUGGAUUUCCCAUUAUGUAUCUCCGAGAGAGGAAAAAACUGCAGUGGUCCACCCAGGACUGAGAACGGAGACAUUACUACUUUAUCUGAGAAGCAGUACAGAUCUGGCUCUUCAGUAGAAUUCAGAUGCCAAACAUAUUAUGCCAUAGGAGGCCAGAACAGAUCUUUUUGUAACAAUGGGACCUGGACAAAGGUGCCCAAUUGCCUUGAUCCCUGUAUGAUCCCCAGGACUGAAUUGGAAAGCCAGAAGAUAGAAGUUAAAGAUGAAAUAGGUGCACCUGAAAAUAUAUUUGUGCAACAUGGUCAUUCUAUUGAGCUCACCUGUAGAACAGGAUAUGUCCUGGCAGCAAAUUCUUCCCAAUCAGCUUUUGUAAUCCAUUGUGAUGGGACACCACCAGUGAUUCCUAAAUGCAAAGAAAUUACAUGCAACUCUCCAAGAAUAUCUAAUGGUACUUUCCGACCUCAAAGAACUAUAUAUCAUGAUGAGGAUCUAAUUCAAAUUCAGUGUGACAGUGGAUUUACUUUUGAUCCAGAUAAUGGAGAAAAGGUGGUUGAAUGCACAAAGAAUGGAUGGUCACCUCCACUAAAAUGUAUCAGUGGCAGGGAUCUGGGUCAGGGCACAGCCUGA